UUUUUUUUUUUUCGUAUAGCGCAAAAAAUAAAAAAACGCACAGGCGAUCAAAUACUACCGAAAGAAAGCUCUAUUUGUGUGAAAAAAGGACAUAAAUUUAAUGUAUGUACCAUAUUGCAUGACCGCGCAAUUGUCCUUGAAUUAGUGCAGCGCCGAGUAGCAAAAAUAGGCCUGGUCAUUAAGGGGGGUAAAUCCUCAGGAGGGCAAGGAUCAUGGCUACAUUUUCUAGUCAACAUCAACAGAUAAGGGUAGCCAUACAAAAACAUUAGCAUUUAUUGACAAGUGUUCCUCU